AUUUUGGUUUAAACUCUGCACCUCACUUGAACAAAUUCAUUCUACUAACAGUAUUUAUUAUUAUUUUUUAAUUAAUUUUAAUGUAAUAAUAAUAUUAUUGUUACAACAACUACCCCAGAAUCUAAAAUUUGCAUACCAUGCGUAAGAAAUGUAAUCUUCGGUAAGAGCAAGAGAAAAUAGCUAAUGCUAUAGAAUAAAUUUAGAAGAAAAACUUCGACCAAAUUCUACUACUUCUUCUUCUCCAUAAAUAUUAUAUAUAUAUAUUUACAGAAUCUUGUCCUAGACCAAUUUCUUGUUGUUGUGAUCUGAGUUUGUGUGUUUGUGAAUCUAAUCUGUAUACGUAGGAUAUACAUACAUAUAUAAUAUAAACUGAUAUACACCUGAAUCAUCAAAUGUCCAAAGCUUCAACCAGACUCGUCCAUGGUUUUCUCAGGCUUCACAAUUAUCAUUCCUCUCACAUCGCGAAACCCUCUUCCCCAAAUCCCGGUACUACGGCUGCUUCUUUGUUCCGAGAUUCGCUCAGUCGUGCGCACCAUUCCGCCCCUGCUCCGCCACGUUUUUCUCGAAUCGGAGUACCGGGUUCGUCCAAUGCGGUGUUGACCCGAAUUCCUUCGUCUCCCUCUAGGGCUGGAGUUGGGCUCAGGUUCUUCUCCUUGGGGAAAGCUAAUGUCAAUACGGAUUUUGCGAAGAAGGUCUUUGAGAAGCCGGCGUCAGCCGUUGCUUCCACCUUCUCGAGGUACCGGGAGGCCAUAGGGUUGCAGAUUGAGGCUUUUUUUAGAAGGAACUAUCUCUUCGUGUUAGGUGCUGUUGGUGUGGUGGCUUGUGCUUUACUAUGGAGGAUUAUGUUUGGCAUUGCCAAUACCUUUAUUGGGUUCUCCGAAGGAAUGGCCAAGUAUGGGUUUCUUGCUCUUUCAUCCGCCAUCGUCGCUUUUGCUGGCCUUUACGUCCGCGCACGAUUCACAAUUAACCCUGAUAGAGUUUAUAGAAUUGCUAUGAGGAGGCUAAAUACGUCUGCUGGGAUUCUUGAGGUUAUGGGAGCCCCUCUUUCAGGAUCAGAUCUUAGAGCCUAUGUAAUGUCAGGAGGUGGACUUACAAUAAAAGAUUUCAAGCCAAGAAUUAGGAGCAAGCGUUGCUUUCUCCUCUUCCCUAUUCGAGGUUCAGAGAGAAAGGGUCUGGUCAGUGUUGAAGUAAAGAAGAAAAAAGGCCAGUAUGAUAUGAAGCUUCUGGCAAUUGACAUUCCCAUGGCAUCAGGACCGGACCAGCGGUUAUUCUUGGAGGGAGAUGAAGUAGAAUACAAGGUUGGUGGUGGCCUAAUAUCUCAACUUAGAGAUCCUGUGGUAAAAGCAAUGAGUGCGGCCAAAGAGUUUGACACUCUUGAUCAGAUUGAAGAAGAGGAGGAUGCUGAAAGAGAACUGCAGAAGGCAGAGCAAAAGAACCGUGAUGAAAUUGAGAAACUUGAGAAAGAUGGCCAUCAGUGAUUGAUCCGGAAAAGAAGAAAAAACGAAGAGAAAUUUCAAUGUUGUUUUUUGUUUUUAACAGAGAAUGUCAAUGACAAAUUGCUUGAGGCUUUGAUCAUUUCACAAAAAAUGGGGUUGGUUAGAUCUCCUUGCAUAUGCUCGUUCUGCAAGGCUUGUUUCUCAUGUAAAACAAGUAGCCAUUGUGGGAAAUCCCAUGGUAGAGAAAAGCUCCAUUAGAUAAAAAUAAAGCUCACUCACACUUUGGAAUUUA